CAGGCGGCGGGCGGCGGCGGGGCGGCGGCUUCUGGGAGCAGCGGGCAGGGCUUGGCCGCCUUCCUCGCGAUGCUGCUGCGGCUCCUCCUCGCUGGCGGGGGCGCAGGCGGCGGCGCGCCCUCCGCUCGAUUCGGCGCUCCCUCCUCCGCCCCAUGCGGCGUUCAGCUUGCGGGGCGGGGCGGGCUGCGCGCCGCGAUGUGCGAGCCUCAACACGACCUCUCUGAGGGAGACCUCUCUGAGGGAGGGGAGGUGGGGGCGUCGGUGUGCGAUCAGGAGGUGCUGUCGGUGUCGGAGCGGGAGCUGCUCUCGAUGUCGGACGACGAGCUCCUCGCCCUCGCCGACCGCGGGGAGGAGGCCCUCGCCGACGGCGGGGAGGCGCAGCUAGUGCAGGCAGCGCCGCCAGUGUACGACGGGCCGACUCCGGCCAAGGGGCUGCAAGGGCUCGUCUGCUCGGUGGAGCUGCCCGAGGUUGGGCUGGGCGUCGACUCGGUGACGCUGCCCGCAGGCGUGGCAUUCUGCGGCUACGCGGCGGGCGGGAUGGAGAUGGCGGCAGACUCGGAGGGCGGCAAGACGGUCGGCUUUGCGCUGCGCUCGGCCGACACCAGCGUCUUCUUCGAGCAGCAGCUGUGGAGCGUCGCCGACCUCCUCGCGCCAGGCAGCGGCGUUCGCCACAUCGCGGGCCACGAGGUGGAGCGCGACGCGGGCGGGCGCGUGCAGGCGAUCUCGCCGGACCCGGACUGGGGGGGCGCGCGCUAUUUUGUGCCGAGCCGCGAGCAGGGCGACCUCUCCAUCAUGAACAUCGGGCAGAUGUCCAACGACCUGGCCAUUGUGGCGCGGCCGAGCCGGCCAGUCAGCACGCUGGCGGCCGACGUCACCUUCAGAAACAGCGCGCCGAUGGAGCUCGGGUGUGAGUACGGGGAGCGCUACUGGUCGCGGAGAGCAGAGGCGGGAGAGGAUGGGUUCAGCUGAGGUCUACAGGUCUUUAGCGUGGUGUCGCUAUUUUCUUUACGAUUACGUCGAACAGAGUAACAACAA